AGUAGGAGGCGCCGUUGGGAGCCGGGUGGGCAGCACCGUGGGCAGGGGGCGGGUGUGCCCGUCCCAGCAGCCAUGAGCGCGGCAGGCGGGCGGCGGCCGGCCGGGGCGAGGCGCUGAGGGCCCGGCCGGAGGCUCCCCGGCCCCCGCCCAUGGCCUUCAUGAUGAUGAAGAAGAAGAAGUUCAAGUUCCGCGUGGAGCUGGAGCUGGACGAGCUCUCGUCCGUGCCCUUCGUCAACGGCAUCCUCUUCUGCAAGGUGCGGCUGCUGGACGGCGGCAGCUUCAGCGGGGAGUCCUCCCGAGAGGUUGUGCAGGCAAACUCUGUUCACUGGAAAAAGAAGUUCUUAUUUAUGUGUAAAAUGAGUGCCAGUGCCACUACAGGCAUUCUGGAUCCUUGCAUCUGCAGAGUAUCUGUACGGAAGGAGUUAAAAGGUGGAAAGGCAUACGCAAAGCUGGGCUUUGCAGACCUAAACCUUGCAGAGUUUGCUGGAUCGGGAAAUACCACUCGUCGCUGUUUAUUGGAAGGUUAUGAUACCAAAAAUACCAGACAGGAUAAUUCCAUUCUCAAAGUAUUGAUCAGCAUGCAGCUAAUGUCUGGAGACCCAUGUUUUAAAACGCCUCCUUCCACAGGAAUGUCCAUCUCAAUUGCUGGAGAAUUGGAAUCUUUACAUGAAGACAGGAAAGGUGGAGAGAACUUGAAAGUGGUACGUCUGGGUGUAUCAGAUCUCUCAGCAAAGAGUGCAUCAGUCCCAGAUGAACUUGGUGCAUGUGGACAUUCCAGAACAUCAAGCUAUGCAAGCCAGCAAUCAAAAUUGUCAGGGUAUAGCACAUGUCACUCCAGAUCAUCCAGUUUUUCUGAUCUCUGCCAUAGGAGAAACACCUCAGUGGGAAGUACAUCUACAGGAAUUGGAAGUAUUCUAGAGCCAUGUGAAGAGACUGAACCAAAAGUAACUGAUGAUAAUUUUGAUACUCCUGUUAAAGAUAUAUCUUCAGAAAAACUCAGCAGAAUCUCUAAAUGUAUUUAUCCUGACAGGCAUCCAGUGAAGCAAGACUCUGUAGAGUCACAACUGAAGCGGGUUGAUGCCACCAGAGUAGAUGCAGAUGAUAUCGUUGAAAAAAUAUUGCAGAGUCAAGACUUCAGUUUAGACUCCAGUGCAGAAGAAGAAGGGCUGAGAUUAUUUGUGGGCCCUGGGGGGAGUACUUCUUUUGGAAGUCAUCAUCUACCCAAUAGGGUAGGAUCCGGAGCAUAUGAGCAAGUGGUGAUUAAACGCUAGAACAGCAGGACUUGAACAGAAGAAUAGUAGUAGAGUUCCUCCAUGGAUAAUUAAGAGGUGUUCAUUUAAUCCCAACAGUUAUCAAAGUUGAUGUGAUGAGAGAGACUCUUUCAAGAGGCCAACUCACAUUUGGUCUGAAUUGUCUGAGUACCUCCUGCUCAUAAAAGAUCCUUCAUGUCUACAGUGGUAUAAAGGCAAUUUUUAGUAUCUAUGCCUUGUACAAGUGUAUAACCAUUGUUGUGACUGUUACCUAAUGUUAGUGGAUUACUUGCUUUUGUAAUUUACGUGUAAAACAUCUUGUGGAAACCUGAUAAAUGGUGUCUACUUGAAUAUAGUUUUAUAUAGAAGUUCAUUAGUGAUGACGAUGUGUUCUGUUUGCAACUUGGCUUUCAGAAGAAGCCCCUUAGAAAAAAAUUAGUCUUAGAUUAAUCUAGUUCAAAACUUAAAUUCUACCAUUAGAAAUAAUUCUUCAUAAGUAACUUUUAAAAUAUUACUUGCCAUUUCAGUGCUAUAAUGGCUAAUUCCUUCUAUCAGGCCAUAAUUAAUAUAAAAUGGGGUUAAUGUUUCCAAGAAAACAACUUAGUUGUGCUUUAAGAUGUCCUAUUAUUUGUUUCAGUAAUAUUAAACUUGUAAAUGCAUUGAGCAUAAUUAACUGUAAGGUUGAGUAGCAGAUGGUAGAGACAAAUAUAUAAAAGCAAAAUACAAGUGACUAGGUCUAAUAACAUCAGACAAUAUGUGUUGCUACUUGUAAAUAAAAUCUGGUGGCUUAAGUGCAUCAGUAUGACUUCUGGCCCUAUGUAAAUGACAAAAUAUAUUUAAAAUUUCACAUCAGAAUUACCAAAUCACAGUAAAGCACUCAACAAGCUGGUCUUGUAUGCCUGAGGAUAUUAUGAAUUUAUGGUUUGGGGUAUAAAACUUUAAUCUCCGUAAGUGAGAUUCAGCUGUCUAAACAAAAAGUAAAGCUUCUUCCAAAUGUGAUUUCAAUAACACAUGAACC